GUCUUCUCAUUCUUUAGCAGCCUGCUAUCUUAAGAGGGAGUAAAAGGGGGUAGGAAGGUUCGAAGCUUUUUUCCGUCAGUUUGUUUUUUGUGGUGCUGCUUGGGGAUCAACUCCAGGACCUAGCCCAUGCUGCACAAGGAUUUCUACCACUGACCUACCCUAGCUCCAUUCCACCAGAGACUAUUGAUUCCUCAAGUAUUUGACCACCACCAUGUGCUGCAAUGAUCUCUACCCUCGAGAGCACCAACCUGUGGCAAGAUAGCAGGCCUCUUUGAAGUGACUUGUACCCCGAUGGAACUUACGCUGCAGAUGUAGGCUAUGGCCAUUCCCACUUUAUAUGUACUGGGGACUGAAUCCUUAGCAAUGGCACGAGCAUGAUAUCGCUGAUCAUUCCUCCUAAAGACCAGAUUUCACGAGUGGCAAAAAUGUUAGCAGACGAGUUUGGAACUGCAUCUAACAUUAAGUCACGAGUAAACCGCCUUUCAGUCCUGGGAGCCAUCACAUCUGUACAACAGAGACUCAAACUUUAUAACAAAGUACCUCCAAAUGGUCUGGUUGUUUACUGUGGAACAAUUGUAACAGAAGAAGGAAAGGAAAAGAAAGUCAACAUUGACUUUGAACCUUUCAAACCAAUUAAUACAUCAUUGUAUUUGUGUGACAACAAGUUUCAUACAGAGGCUCUUACAGCACUGCUUUCGGAUGACAGCAAGUUUGGUUUUAUUGUCAUAGACGGCAGUGGUGCUCUUUUUGGCACGCUCCAAGGAAACACCAGAGAAGUCCUGCACAAAUUCACUGUGGAUCUCCCAAAGAAACACGGCAGAGGAGGUCAAUCAGCCUUGCGUUUUGCCCGUUUAAGAAUGGAAAAGCGACAUAACUAUGUUCGGAAAGUAGCAGAGACUGCUGUGCAGCUGUUUAUUUCUGGAGACAAAGUGAAUGUGGCUGGUCUGGUUUUAGCUGGAUCAGCUGACUUUAAAACUGAACUAAGUCAAUCUGACAUGUUUGAUCAGAGGUUGCAAUCAAAAGUUUUAAAAUUAGUUGAUAUAUCCUAUGGUGGUGAAAAUGGAUUCAACCAAGCCAUUGAAUUAUCUACUGAAGUUCUCUCCAACGUGAAGUUCAUCCAAGAGAAGAAAUUAAUAGGGCGAUACUUUGAUGAAAUUAGCCAGGACACAGGCAAGUACUGUUUUGGAGUUGAAGAUACACUAAAGGCUUUGGAAAUGGGAGCUGUAGAAAUUCUAAUAGUCUAUGAAAAUCUGGAUAUAAUGAGAUACGUUCUUCAUUGCCAAGGCACAGAAGAGGAGAAAAUUCUCUAUUUAACUCCAGAACAAGAGAAGGAUAAAUCUCACUUCACAGACAAAGAGACUGGACAGGAACAUGAACUGAUUGAGAGCAUGCCCCUCUUGGAAUGGUUUGCUAACAACUAUAAAAAAUUUGGAGCUACACUAGAAAUUGUCACAGAUAAGUCACAAGAAGGAUCACAGUUUGUGAAAGGAUUUGGUGGAAUUGGAGGUAUCUUGCGGUACCGAGUAGAUUUCCAGGGAAUGGAAUACCAAGGAGGAGACGAUGAAUUUUUUGACCUUGAUGACUACUAGGUAGUCGACAUGGGUCCGGCAACAUGUGCCUCACCCUCCAGCAUUCAACCCAAGGAGCACACCCGUGGUGGAGUCCAAACAGAUCCCUGCCUUACAAUUGGAACUUUUCCAGAACUUAAUCCGUGAGCAUUGGAUACUGAAAAGCAAAGCGAAACAAAAGCAGACCCAACCCUACACUUUGGUUUGUCAUGGUGUCAGCGUAGCAGCCUACGACUAAGUUCCUAAAUGCCACUCCGGACUAAUUGAAAAAAGAAUCCCACUUUUUACUUUUACUUGAUGGUAAAAUUGGUUGCUCUUGUAUUUUAUGAAAAAAAUGAUUUUUUUAACCUUCAUACAUAGAAGCAAAAAUACUUUAACUGCUGUAAACCUUCAAAAGUUAGUAGAAGUGAGAUCAUACUGGUUUGUUCUUAUUUUGAUCGGAGAAUAACUCGAUUGCUGCAUUUCGCAGUGACCCAUUUACAUGGCAUUCUCAGACUAGACUGCACAAGCAGAAAUAUAUGUGGUGAAAUAUUGGAA